CUCAAGAUCCGCUGCGAAGCUGCAAACUCCGAGGCAGCGCACUCUCUCUCCGUCGCUCCCGCACUCCCUCUCUCCCUUUCGCACUCCGCUGCAGCACCCUCAGCACCUCAGUUGAGCAGGAGCACCGCACUGAGUCACAUCUAUACACACACGCUCUCUACACGCACACACUCACACAUAUACACGCACACACACGCACACAAGCACAGCCUCCUGCGGUAUCCCAUACGGCGCAGCGGCUUUUCCAACGGCAUACAAAGUGCGUCCUCGCCGGGGAAUGGGAGGUGCAGCUCCCGGGUCUCAGAGCGCUCAGAGCGGCGUCAGGUCCUGCUGAUCGGGGAUGCUGCUGGAAGUCUGCUGCUAUUUCUUUUUCCUGUGCAGGAAUCGCCUUCUAACUACACCUCCACCGGGGAUUUAAAGUGGACAAGCCGUGUGAUCAGGAUAUAACAUUAUUCUAAGCGUUUCUCAUUUUUUGGGGGGAGUAAAAGGAGUUGGGGAUUGCUCUGGACGUGCCUCUUAUCCGCAGUGUCGAUGCGGCUGCGGCUGUGAAGUGAUAUCUGCAUAGAUUACAGGUACAUAAUGUCCUCCAUCUCGAGAGAGGCUUGAUCCCGAUUGGCCGACAGUAUUGGACUGUGCCUCCUUCCCUCUCCUCACCACUCCCAGCCUCAGAACAGCCAUGACGUCCCUCACCAGGACACGGACCUGCUUUUUUGUAUGCUGCUUCCUGUCCAGUCUGGCGCUUCCUGUGACAUCACAAACAGUGGUGCAAGCCCCACAGGCUCACAGUGCUGGCUCCCAAGUGAUCACAGCAUCCCUUCAGGAGGAGGAGUAUGCAUCAUUUCGUGCUGAGAACCCUGAGUGGACAUUUAACCAUCUGGCAGUGGACUAUCGCAAUGGCAAUGUUUAUUUGGGAGCAGUCAAUCGCAUAUACAAACUGUCCCCGGGCCUGGAGGUCCAGGUGUCCCACGAGACCGGCCCGGAUGAAGACAACCGCAAGUGCUACCCACCACGUAUUGUCCAGCCCUGCAGUGAGCCACUUACACUCACCAACAAUGUCAACAAGAUGCUUCUGAUGGACUAUCGGGAGAACCGGCUGCUGGCUUGUGGCAGCCUUUACCAGGGCAUCUGCAAACUCCUCCGUCUAGAUGACCUUUUCAAACUGGGAGAGCCCUUCCACAAGAAGGAGCACUACCUCUCAGGUGUCAAUGAGAGUGGCUCUGUGUUUGGUGUUAUUGUAUCAUAUGGAAAUGCCUCUCCAGACAUGCUCUUUGUAGCCACGGCAGUGGAUGGCAAACCAGAGUACUUCCCUACCAUCUCUAGCCGCAAAUUGGCCAGAAACUCGGAGGAGGAUGGCAUGUUUGCUUAUGUCUUCCAUGACGAGUUUGUGGCCUCUAUGAUUAAGAUUCCUUCAGACACCUUCACUGUCAUCCCAGACUUUGACAUAUACUACAUUUAUGGCUUUGCCAGUGGGAACUUUGUCUAUUUCCUGACUUUGCAGCCUGAAAUGGGGGGUGGGCCAACCACCGGAUCCUCCUCUACCGGUCGGGAACAGGUCUACACCUCCAAGAUAGUCCGCCUCUGCAAGGCAGACACCGCCUUCAACUCCUAUGUGGAGGUGCCUAUUGGAUGCAUUAGCGGCAACGUGGAGUACCGAUUACUCGAGGCGGCCUACCUGUCCAAAGCUGGUGCUAUCCUGGCACGCUCACUAGAUGUGGCACCGGAUGAUGACGUUUUGUUCGCCGUCUUCUCAAAAGGCCAAAAGAGGCGUCCACGCCAGGCCUCACAGGACUCUGCACUGUGUGUCUUCUCUUUGCGGAAGAUCAAUGAGAAAAUCAAGGAGAGGCUGCAGUCGUGCUACAAGGGUGAGGGCACACUGGACCUGGCUUGGCUCAAAGUCAAGGAUAUUCCCUGCAGCAGUGCGCUCUUGACCAUUGACGAUGACUUUUGUGGUCUCGACAUGAACGCGCCAUUGGGUGUGUCCGAGAUGGUGCGUGGCAAACCUCUCUUCUCUGACGCUGUUGACAAAAUGACCUCCGUCAUUGCGUACGUCUACAAAAACCACUCGCUGGUCUUCGUGGGCACAAAAAGCGGACGCGUCAAGAAGAUCCGGGUAGACGGCUCCUCUCGUGCUCUGCAGUAUGAGACUGUGCAGGCUGUGGAGAACGGACCCAUCCUCAGAGACAUGGCCUUCUCUUCUGAUCACCACUACCUCUAUGUCAUGUCUGAGACCCAGCUGUCAAGAGUGCCAGUGGAGGCCUGUGGUCAGUACUCAACCUGCAGCGAUUGUCUCGGGUCAGGAGAUCCCCACUGUGGCUGGUGUGUCCUGCACAACAUGUGCACCAGAAAGGAGAAAUGCGAGCGCUCAUCAGAGCCCCGUCGCUUUGCAUCAGACAUCAAGCAGUGUGUGCGUCUCAGCGUCCACCCAAACAACAUCUCAGUGUCCCAGUUUAGUGUCACGUUGGUGCUGGAGGCCCAUAAUGUCCCAGAACUUUCUGCGGGUGUUAAUUGCACCUUUGAGGAUCUGGCUGAGAUGAACGGCUUGGUGGAGGGAAACCGGAUCAAGUGCUCCUCCCCUGCUGAGAAAGAGAUGCCACGCAUUAUUGUUGACAAAGGUGACCACCAGAUUGUGCAGCUCUAUCUCAAGUCCAAGGAGACAGGCCUGGCGUUUGCUAACACCAGUUUUGUUUUCUACAACUGCAGCGUGCACAAAUCGUGUCUGUCAUGUGUGAGCAGUCCUUACCAGUGCCACUGGUGUAAAUACAGGCAUGACUGUACCCACGACCCACGGACGUGUUCCUUCCAGGAGGGCAGAGUCAAGAAGCCUGAGGGGUGUCCCCAGCUGCUGCCUGCAGACAGGAUCCUGGUGCCAGUCAACGUGGUAAAGCCCAUCACCCUACGGGCCAAGAACCUCCCCCAGCCACAGUCUGGACAGAGGGGGUACGAGUGUCUGCUGACCAUCCAGGGAAACGAGCACAGGGUUCCCGCCCUGCGCUUCAACAGCUCCUCAGUGCAGUGUCAGAACACAUCGUAUUUCUAUGAUGGGAUGGAGAUGAGCAGUCUUCCCGUGGAGCUGACCGUCAUCUGGAACGGAGAUUUCAGCAUCGACAACCCCGCCCACAACAAAGUCCAUCUGUACAAGUGCGACGCCCAGCGUGGAAGCUGCGGUUUGUGUCUGAAGGCAGACCCGCUGUUCGGAUGUGUUUGGUGUAAAGGAGAGAACCGCUGCACCCUCAAACAACAUUGCCCCCACCCUGAGAAUCAGUGGCUGGAGCACAACGGCAUCAACAGCAAGUGCACCCACCCACGGAUCACACAGAUCACACCUCUGCGGGGCCCCAGGGAGGGCGGCACGCUCGUGACUAUUCGUGGCGAGAACCUGGGGCUGGAGUUCAGAGAGAUUCAGGAUAAUGUGAAGGUGGCCGAAGUGGACUGCACACCCAUACGGGAGGGCUACAUUCCUGCUGAACAGAUUGUGUGUGAGAUGGGUAAAGCAGAGAAGAGCCAGUAUACUGGGAACGUGCAGGUCUGUGUCGGGGUUGGAGAGUGCAGACCUGAAUUCAUGGCAAAGUCCUCCAAGUACUACUAUUUUGUGAUCCCAAGGAUUAUCAACCUGAAGCCCAGCCGAGGGCCGGUCUCUGGAGGGACCAUUGUCAACAUCACCGGCAGCCACCUCGACGCUGGGAGCAACGUGUCAAUCAUGUUUAAGGACCAGCCGUGCACUUAUCUGAGGAGGGGUGGCCAAUGGCUCACCUGCCGAACCCACGCUUCCCUGCACGGCUAUGGAAACGUGUCUGUGUCUGUGAGCAUAGACAAGGCUCAUCUCCAGAAAGACCUGCGGUUUGAGUAUGUGGAAGAUCCCACCAUCACCAAGAUAGAGCCUGAGUGGAGCAUCUACAGUGGACAUACUCCAGUGACAGUGACAGGAACUAACCUGGACAUCAUUCAGACCCCACUCAUCAGAGCCAAAUAUAACAGCCAUGAGACCCUCAAUUUGUGCCAGGUGCUCGGCCCUACGUCCAUGCUCUGCCAGGCCCCAGAGCUGCCCAUCAGUCUGGCCAGGCAGCAAGAGGUGCCUGAAAGACCUGAUGAGUUUGGCUUUAAACUGGACGAUGUGCAGGCGCUGAUGGCGCUCAACAACACCAACUUUAUCUACUACCCCAAUCCUGAGUUUGAACCACUCAGUGUGUCCGGGGUGCUGGAGCUGAAACCUGGAUCACCCAUAAUACUGAAGGGGCGGAACUUCCUUCCACCAACCAAUAGUGGAAACGGAAAGCUGAACUACACAGUUUUUAUUGGCGAGAAGCCCUGCAUGUUAACAGUGUCAGAGACCCAGCUGCUCUGUGAGUCACCCAACCUGACAGGUCGACACAAGGUCCUGGCACGUGUUGGCGGUAUCGAGUUUUCCCCAGGUGUGGUCCACAUCACGUCUGACAGCCCGCUCAGCAGCACGGCAAUCAUUGGCAUUGCCGCAGCGGGUGCUCUGCUCAUCCUCUUCAUUGUGGUGGUUCUCAUUGCCUACAAGCGCAAGUCUCGUGAGAGUGACCUGACACUGAAGAGGCUGCAGAUGCAGAUGGACAACCUUGAGUCACGUGUGGCUCUGGAGUGCAAAGAGGCUUUUGCAGAGCUCCAGACAGACAUCCAUGAGCUGACCAGUGAUCUGGAUGGAGCAGGAAUUCCCUUCCUGGACUACAGGACCUACACCAUGAGGGUCCUCUUCCCAGGCAUAGAGGAACAUCCAGUACUCCGAGACCUGGAGGUGCCAGGCUACCGCCAGGAGCAAGUGGAAAAAGGGCUGAAACUCUUCGGCCAGCUCAUUAACAACAAGGUCUUCCUGCUGUGUUUUAUUCGCACACUCGAGGCCCAGCGUGGUUUCUCCAUGAGGGACCGCGGCAACGUGGCCUCACUGAUCAUGACAGUGCUGCAGAGCAAGUUGGAGUACGCCACUGAUGUCCUAAAGCACCUGCUGUCCGACCUCAUAGACCGCAACCUCGAGAGCAAGAACCACCCCAAGCUGCUGCUCCGCAGGACCGAGUCUGUGGCAGAGAAAAUGCUGACCAACUGGUUCACGUUUCUCCUCUACAAGUUUCUGAAGGAGUGUGCCGGCGAACCCCUCUUCUCCCUCUUCUGUGCCAUCAAGCAGCAGAUGGAAAAAGGCCCCAUUGACUCCAUCACAGGAGAGGCACGCUACUCGCUCAGCGAGGACAAGCUCAUCAGACAACAGAUUGACUACAAGACGCUGGUGGUGAACUGCAUCCACCCAGAGAAUGAGAAGAGCCCGGAGAUCCAGGUGAAGGUGCUGAACUGUGAUACCAUCAGCCAGGUGAAGGAGAAGAUCCUGGACGCCAUCUACAAGAAUGUCCCUCACUCCCACCGCCUAAAAGCCUCCGACAUGGACCUGGAAUGGCGUCAGGGUCGAGGACAGCGCAUGAUCCUGCAGGAUGAAGACGUCACCACCAAGAUCGAGGGUGACUGGAAGAGACUGAACAUGCUGUACCAUUACCAGGUACCUGAUAAUGCGGUAAUGGCCUUGGUUCCCAAGCAAGUUACAGCCUACAAUUCAGUAAACAACUCCACUGUGUCUCGAACUUCUGCGAGUAAAUAUGAGAACAUGAUCAAGUACACUGGAAGCCCCGACAGCCUGCGCUCCCGUACUCCUAUGAUCACUCCUGACUUGGAGAGUGGGGUCAAGGUUUGGCACCUUGUGAAGAACCAUGAGCAUGGAGACCAGAAGGAGGGUGACCGCGGCAGCAAGAUGGUCUCUGAGAUCUACCUGACACGACUUCUGGCUACCAAGGGUACGUUACAGAAGUUCGUGGAUGACCUGUUUGAGACCAUCUUCAGCACAGCCCAUCGAGGCAGCGCCCUGCCACUGGCCAUCAAAUACAUGUUUGACUUCCUGGAUGAGCAGGCCGACAAACACAACAUCCAUGACCCGCAUGUCCGACACACAUGGAAGAGCAACUGCCUACCUCUGCGUUUCUGGGUGAAUGUGAUCAAGAACCCCCAGUUUGUGUUUGACAUACAUAAGAGCAGCAUCACAGAUGCCUGUCUGUCCGUGGUGGCCCAGACCUUCAUGGACUCCUGCUCCACCUCAGAACACCGCCUUGGGAAGGACUCACCCUCCAACAAGCUGCUUUAUGCCAAGGACAUUCCCAGCUACAAGAGCUGGGUGGAGAGGUACUACUCAGACAUUGGGAAGAUGCCAGCGAUCAGCGACCAGGACAUGAAUGCCUACUUGGCAGAACAGUCACGGAUGCACAUGAACGAGUUCAACUCCAUGAGCUCUCUCAGUGAGAUUUACUCCUAUGUGGGCAAAUACACUGAGGAGAUUGUGUGUUCACUGGAGCAGGACGAUGCAGCCCGGAAACAGAGGCUGGCCUUCAAGCUGGAGCAGGUUGUGGCCUUCAUGAGUCUGGAGAGCUGAGGACCGCACUUCCCAGGGCGCACUGGGAAAAGACCCCAUC